AUGAAUGGAAGGAGUAUGUAUCCUCAGGCAAAUGAUGAAGCUGAACCAAGUACUACAAAGGGCAGCCAUGCAUGCCAGAAGAUAUUGAUCGAUGCGGACAUAAUGUGGCUAAGAAACCCCUUCUCACGCUUCUACACAGACACAAACUUACAAAUAUCAUGUGACAGCUUUGGUGGGAACCCAACCGACCUGCAGAAUGCACCCAAUGGAGGUUUCAAUCAUAUAAAGUUCAACCCCUUCAAUAGGGCCCUUGGACUACAGAUCAAGUUUCCCGACACAGUUUAUUUUGGGGCCGUCUUCCAGCCAAAGCAAGGACUUGAACCUCGUGUGCACGAUGCAUGCGAACUGCUGUGCUGGCUUGGACAAUAA